UGCGCAGGCGCGCGGGGCGGGACCCUCGAGGUGCGCAUGCGUCGCGCAGGAAACGUCCCGACGCGCUCAGUGGGCGCCUGGGUGUGCGCGCGGGAAGAUGGCUGAGCAGCUGCCGAAGUCUGUGCUCUUCGUGUGUCUGGGUAACAUCUGUCGGUCACCCAUUGCAGAAGCAGUUUUCAGAAAACUUGUAACUGAUCAAAAGCUUUCAGAUCAUUGGAGGAUAGACAGUGCAGCGACAUCCACGUAUGAAAUAGGAAACCCUCCUGAUUAUCGAGGGCAGAGUUGCAUGAAGAAGCAUGGUAUCCCCAUGAAUCACACUGCCCGGCAGGUUACCAAGGAAGACUUUGCCACAUUUGAUUAUAUACUAUGUAUGGAUGAAAGCAAUCUGAGAGACUUGAAUAGAAAAAGUAAUCAAAUUAAAAACCGCAAAGCUAAAAUUGAACUACUUGGGAGCUAUGAUCCACAAAAUCAGCUCAUUAUUGAAGACCCCUAUUAUAUGACCUGUGAUGUUAUAUGUGCAUAUUUAUCUUCAGCUUUAUUUAGGAAAUGAAAUGACAAAAUUGUUACAGGCCUACUAUGCUAAAGGAAUGAAAACCAUCAACUGGUACUAAAGUCUGAAGACCAGCCCAUGGUCCUGAUGUGUGUUGUCAAGUCCUCUAAUUGGGGCCACAGUGAUUGACCGCCUGGCAGUCCUGAGAAACCACUCAUUGGCCCUUAAGCCUCCAUCUGCACGAGCGUUUGCAAAACUAAAAACCAAAAAUAAACCCU